GAUGUUAUACUGUUUGAAUCACAUCUCUCGUCGCGGACGUACAUCCUCAACCGAGACAAGAAGCUCAACGCCCUCGAUCAGACCAUGCUCGACGUCCUCCGGCCCAAGAUCGAGGAAUGGGCCUCCGCCGACCUCUGCAAGCUUGUCAUCGGCCGCGGCAACGGGCGCGCCUUCUGCGCCGGCGGGGACGUCGCCAGCGUAGUCACCCAAGCCGCGAAUCCCUCCACGCGUCCGCGCGCAAUCGAGUUCUUCAAGCGCGAGUUCGAGCUCGACUACCUCCUCGCCGCCCUCGGCAAGCCGUACGUCGCCGUCAUGGACGGGAUC